AUGUGCUGUUCGAUUACACCUCCGUCGCCGGGCAAGACGCCAGGGGCUCCGUCGCCGGGCUCGGGCAAGACGCCAGGGGCUCCGUCGCCGGGCUCGGGCAAGACGCCAGGGGCUCCGUCGCCGGGCUCGGGCAAGACGCCAGGGGCUCCGUCGCCGGGCUCGGGCAAGACGCCAGGGGCUCCGUCGCCGGGCUCGGGCAAGACGCCAGGGGCUCCGUCGCCGGGCUCGGGCAAGACGCCAGGGGCUCCGUCGCCGGGCUCGGGCAAGACGCCAGGGGCUCCGUCGCCGGGCUCGGGCAAGACGCCAGGGGCUCCGUCGCCGGGCUCGGGCAAGACGCCAGGGGCUCCGUCGCCGGGCUCGGGCAAGACGCCAGGGGCUCCGUCGCCGGGCUCGGGCAAGACGCCAGGGGCUCCGUCGCCGGGCUCGGGCAAGACGCCAGGGGCUCCGUCGCCGGGCUCGGGCAAGACGCCAGGGGCUCCGUCGCCGGGCUCGGGCAAGACGCCAGGGGCUCCGUCGCCGGGCUCGGGCAAGACGCCAGGGGCUCCGUCGCCGGGCUCGGGCAAGACGCCAGGGGCUCCGUCGCCGGGCUCGGGCAAGACGCCAGGGGCUCCGUCGCCGGGCUCGGGCAAGACGCCAGGGGCUCCGUCGCCGGGCUCGGGCAAGACGCCAGGGGCUCCGUCGCCGGGCUCGGGCAAGACGCCAGGGGCUCCGUCGCCGGGCUCGGGCAAGACGCCAGGGGCUCCGUCGCCGGGCUCGGGCAAGACGCCAGGGGCUCCGUCGCCGGGCUCGGGCAAGACGCCAGGGGCUCCGUCGCCGGGCUCGGGCAAGACGCCAGGGGCUCCGUCGCCGGGCUCGGGCAAGACGCCAGGGGCUCCGUCGCCGGGCUCGGGCAAGACGCCAGGGGCUCCGUCGCCGGGCUCGGGCAAGACGCCAGGGGCUCCGUCGCCGGGCUCGGGCAAGACGCCAGGGGCUCCGUCGCCGGGCUCGGGCAAGACGCCAGGGGCUCCGUCGCCGGGCUCGGGCAAGACGCCAGGGGCUCCGUCGCCGGGCUCGGGCAAGACGCCAGGGGCUCCGUCGCCGGGCUCGGGCAAGACGCCAGGGGCUCCGUCGCCGGGCUCGGGCAAGACGCCAGGGGCUCCGUCGCCGGGCUCGGGCAAGACGCCAGGGGCUCCGUCGCCGGGCUCGGGCAAGACGCCAGGGGCUCCGUCGCCGGGCUCGGGCAAGACGCCAGGGGCUCCGUCGCCGGGCUCGGGCAAGACGCCAGGGGCUCCGUCGCCGGGCUCGGGCAAGACGCCAGGGGCUCCGUCGCCGGGCUCGGGCAAGACGCCAGGGGCUCCGUCGCCGGGCUCGGGCAAGACGCCAGGGGCUCCGUCGCCGGGCUCGGGCAAGACGCCAGGGGCUCCGUCGCCGGGCUCGGGCAAGACGCCAGGGGCUCCGUCGCCGGGCUCGGGCAAGACGCCAGGGGCUCCGUCGCCGGGCUCGGGCAAGACGCCAGGGGCUCCGUCGCCGGGCUCGGGCAAGACGCCAGGGGCUCCGUCGCCGGGCUCGGGCAAGACGCCAGGGGCUCCGUCGCCGGGCUCGGGCAAGACGCCAGGGGCUCCGUCGCCGGGCUCGGGCAAGACGCCAGGGGCUCCGUCGCCGGGCUCGGGCAAGACGCCAGGGGCUCCGUCGCCGGGCUCGGGCAAGACGCCAGGGGCUCCGUCGCCGGGCUCGGGCAAGACGCCAGGGGCUCCGUCGCCGGGCUCGGGCAAGACGCCAGGGGCUCCGUCGCCGGGCUCGGGCAAGACGCCAGGGGCUCCGUCGCCGGGCUCGGGCAAGACGCCAGGGGCUCCGUCGCCGGGCUCGGGCAAGACGCCAGGGGCUCCGUCGCCGGGCUCGGGCAAGACGCCAGGGGCUCCGUCGCCGGGCUCGGGCAAGACGCCAGGGGCUCCGUCGCCGGGCAAGACGCCAGGGGCGCCGUCCUCGGGCAAGACGCCAGGGGCGCCGUCCUCGGGCAAGCCCCCACGGGCGCCGUCCUCGGGUUCGUGA